UAAAAGAAGACAUUCUAUUAUAACAUUAACGCCAAAUGCGCUUGCUUCCAGUCGAUUUCUCACUAUAAAACAUAUCGUAUUUAAGGAUAUAAAAAGUUCAAUUAGAGUAAAAAUUAAAUAUAGUUUCGCGCCUUUUCUUGUGCCUAUCUCGACCCAAUUCUAAAACGUCUCUAGUGUAAAUCAUUCUUAAUAAUACUGUGACGAGAUUAAUACAAAAGUGAUAUAAUUGUUUCAAUCGUAAAAUCGAAUGAAACUUUCCGCUAUUCGAUAUAUACUAAUGUUUAGAAUAGUCACGCUAGACAUAGAUUUUUAAAUUGCUCGAAUUAAAAUAAAGUUAAAAAAUCGUCGAACGAAAACUGUGCGUGAAAAUUGUACGAUAGUGAGUUGUGUAUUACGUGAUCAAAUCUUAGCCUAGGAGCUAAGAGUUUUUCACCCGCGUUCAUACACCGCCACAAAACUGGCAAGUAUGCAGGCAGCUCUUAUGCUAAGAGCAAAAUCGCGGGAGAGAAGAAAACAACGACUGAAGCGUGGGAUCAAGCACGAACUGCCGAGCAAUGUGGCGACGAAGCCGAUCGCACCGUUCCCGAGAUACCCGCCAGCCUCUUGGUGCGCAGCUGGGCGGGCCGCCUGGCAGGAGGCGGCGGCGCUGUCGGUGGGCGGUGGCGGAGCCGGCGCGGGCGGCGCGGCCCGCCGCUGCUCCGUGCUCGGCGACCACCCGGGCGCGAGACGAGACCAGCGCGGCAAGUGGCAUCGUACCAAUCGAGUCCGCGAUGCAUCGUACGGUUCAUCGUCAGACUCCGACGGGGAGGCGGAAGGUGCGAGCGGGGAGCCCUGGGGAGUCGCAAGACUCCUGUAUGCAGGUCUCGCAAUACUCGCUCUUGGCCUUGUUGUGUAUUUCGUCGGCACCGGAGACAAGGGUUUCAAAACGCCAGCACUGCGACUCGUGGGCCCAUCACUUAUCGUGGCGGGGCUCGCGUGUUGCUUGCUACGUAUUAUGUUCUGUAUAUUUGCCAAGCCUUGCUGCAGACGGAGGACCAACCACAAGGAGAGCAGAAGACUGUCCGGUUGCGUGGAAGGCGAAGAGAUGCCACUGGCGAGGUGCGCAAGCGCGCGAGCUGGACCAGCACAAUGCUCACCCGCGAGACGCCUCGACGCGUCCUCUUGCGACGUGUCCAGCCUCUCCAGCGGCGAGGAGGACGAGCGACUGCGCCGAUACCGCACCGCCAACGCGACCACGACGCAUCUACAACCGCAAACGGUGCUUGUGCAGCCGGCGGGAUCACAGCCGAAGCCGUCACCGUCGCUGCAGUCGACGGCGGCGGGUCCGUCCGCGGGAGGGUCAGGUCCAGCGGGAGGGAGCAAGCUUCCGCCCCCGCGGAACGUGUCCUUCGCAGGCGCGCCCGACGGCGAACUCGUCCUCAGCCCCGCGCAGUUACGCUCCUAACCAAGCAAUAAACACUCGCAAUACUUUUUAUACGAACUAUCACUAACUCGACCCUUAGCGCUGACGUCUCGUGGCGUAAAGUGACACAGAGUUCGAUUUGCACGUUUGAUAUUCUUAUUUAUAAGUUUCGGUUAUUACGACUGCGUUUUGCAACGAGUGUUUGAUUUUUAGUUGGUAGUGCAACGGAUAAUAUAAUUCAUAAUAAUUAUUAAUAGAAAAUCGUGUUGUAUUUUAAGCGUUGUUUGUAAAUCCGUAGAGUUUUAAUACUGAAUGUGCUAGUUCCAUCCAUCGCAACGCAAACGUCGGUUAGACGGUACGAGGUGCGGUUUUAUUUGGUUUAAUAUUAAAUAUAUUCAAAAUUAAUAAAACAUUGGGAAUAUUAUGUUACAAAGAUAAUUUCGAACCGAAAAUUCAAUUAUAAAACAAAUUGAACUAAAAUAAAUAGUUUCUUUAAAAACCGCACCUUUUCGUAAUUCGAUAUUAAAUAGUAAAUAUAUAAUAUAAACAUAAUUGUGUUAAAACUGCCUAUUACUAGCGCGAAUUUAUAUUUAAAUAUAAAAAAAAAAUACAUAACUAGUUAUAUAACUGACAAUAAUGAUUGUUAACUGAUGUAUAAAGUGUUAUGACGUAUGUGCGUUGAUUUUAUUUAAUUAUGUCAAACAAACGACUGUAGUUCAUUCGCCGAGUGUUUUGUAUAUAAUAUUAAAUAUAUUUAAUAUACAUAUAUUUAUUUUAUAGAUAAAUUAGAAUUUUUAUAUUAUUAUGUCCUUAAGGCAGAAAAUUAAAAUCCCUAAGUAUAUUUCUACUUUACACGUACCUUACUUAUUCAAUUAUGAUUGAUGAUGAACUAUUUUACGAUACAAAUAAGCGAAUUAAAAACAAAGAUAUUAUAAUUUGACACUAUCAUUUUUUCUUUAUAAAUUAAUGUCCUAGGCCUGCGCUAAAGAUCCUAUAAUUUACGUGGAAUGAUUAGAAGAGUAGA